UUUUAUAAUAAGGUUUAAGAAAACUAUUCAUUAAACUGUGUUUGUUUACAAAGAUUCACAUUUUAAAGUGAGCUGAAAAUGUGUGUGUAUCCCUUUAAGAAACCCUGUGUAAACGCUAAAGUUUGGUUUAAAUGCACUUGGAAAACAUGUGCGGGUUACUGUUUAGUUUGAUUGUAUUUUAUGUGAUUGGAUGCUUAUUAUUUUAAACCCACCCAUGCAUAUGAGAGUGUAAUGUGAUUGGUGGUUAAUUGAGUCAAUCAAAAUGAGAGAGGAGAGACGAACUGCGUUCGAGAGAGAGCGGUGGCAGAUACGCUCGCGCUAGAGAGGAAAGAGUUGCGAUAACCGCUAAACGCGUGUUAUAUGGGUUUUGUUUUAUGUGAAAGUGUUUUGUUUGUUUAUGCCUUCAUGUUAACCCAGCAGAUGGGUUAAUAAACCACUUUACUCGUCUUAUCAGCAGUUGAUGAGCCGUUUUAGCAUUUAAAUACAGACUGCACUCUCCUGUUCGCGUUGUUACGGACUGCAGUGACUAAUAUACUGCAUUCAGUGUAUUGCAGUGUGUUGUGCUAUCUAUUACUUUGCGUGGGACACUUUGAGAGAUCAGUUACAGUCGUGUAAACAAGUGAUCGCGUGAGUGAAACGAACUCCGUGGACAACUCGCCUCAUCAAGACUGUUCAGUUUGCCUUGGGUCGCGAGGAAAGGACCGAGAUUCACUGAGGAUCGUGUGAUGUCUCCGGUUGUGGUUUGAGUGAUCACUGGAGCACAGAGCUAAGGUAUCAGAGUAGUGAGAGUCAUAUAGUCGAGAGACCCCAGUUAAAGAACCCGUCGCUCCACCCUAAAGAUCUUAGUCUUGACACAACUAAGUAGGGCAGGGGGCGCUACACAAAAUGGUGGCCCGUACGGGGAAGCUCUUCUUUCCUCUGGUACCCUAAAAGAAGACUGACAUAAAUAUGUGUUAAUACCCUCAAGUUGAUAUUGGAAAAGAAAAUUUAACCCUUUCUUGCACUUACUUGUAACCUCUUGAAGCAUGUCUUUCAGAAAUAACCCUCUCCUUCAAACUGAACUUGCCAGCUGGUGUAGUGAGGUAGGGAUUGACCCGAGUCAUGCACUGCUGCUGACUGGAGUACCAGCAACUACUGAAGUGGCACAAAUUGAGGAAGCGGCACAAAGUGUAAAAGCCUUUGGAAGAGUGCGUGUUCGAGAUAACAGACAUGGACCCACCUCAACUACUCUAUUCGUUUUGUGUGAGUGUCGAGAAGUCAUAGACGCCACACGUUGUCCUACUAAACUUAUGCUUGGAGAUGGUGAGGAGGCCUGGGAGAUAGUUGUUUCCACUGAAAGUGACUCACCACCUGUUGCCCCUGUAGGAUUCACAGAUAAGCUGUCAAAGUUUCUCAUGGAUGAGGGAAAGUCUAUAACUGAUUUACAAGCUCUGUUUCCUUCUCUUGGUUCCAAUACCAGUUCCCCUGAGUCAAUUAUUCGUGCUGUGGGUGAGAUCCUAGAAAAAACAGUGAAACCACAAAGUGACAGCAAUGCUUACCGUCGUUUACGUACCUUCUCUGGUACUGUUCCCACCCCCGCAGGUGAGGAAACCAUGGAACAUUGGAUCGAGCAGGCCAGAAUAAUGAUAACAGAAUGUGACUGCUCUGAGAAAGAAAAACGUCGGAGAGUUGUAGAAAGUUUAAAGGGACCAGCACUUGAUAUCAUAAAAGCUGUUCGUCUGUCUAGCCCUGAUGCCAGUGCCCUGCAGUACCUGGAAGCGCUGGAAAGCACGUUUGGAUCCUCCGAGUCUGGAGAAGACUUGUAUUUUGCUUUUCGACUAAUACGGCAGUCUCCUGGAGAGUCAUUAUCUGAUUUCUUGAGACGGAUGGAGAAAUCUCUGAUCAAAGUUGUUCAAAGAGGAGGUUUGUCUCCAGCCAAUGUUGACAGAGCAAGAGUAGAACAGCUGAUCCGAGGAGCCGUUGAAUCAGACAUGAUGCUCCUGCAGUUGCGGUUAAGGGAGAGAAAAGAGCGACCACCUACUUUCCUGAACUUACUGAACGAAAUCCGUGAGGCUGAGGAGAGCGAAGCCACUCGGCGUAAGAUCACUGCCACUGCAAAGCCCAUACACCUGCAGGGAGAAGAAAAAAUUAGUCCAUCAGUUGUACGGGAGCUCAAAGUAGAACUUCAAGAACUCAGGGCUCAGCUGAAAGGUGAAUGUCCAAACACUUUACCUGCUUCAUCCAUGAUGGUAGAGCCCAAGACAAAGCUAAGACACACAAAUACCACAGACAAGCACGAGACAAAGAAUGAUUCAGAAGUCCAAGCCUUGAAAAAACAAGUCCAGCAGUUACAACAACAGCUAGCUGUUAUGAGUGUUGGCCACAGUCAGCCAAUGAGUCAUGCCCAGUCCUUGCCACAGCCUUUCCCAGAUCCUCCUAGACAAAAGCCUGUCAGGAACAAGGAUGAUUACUUUUGCUAUCGGUGUGGAGAGGACGGACACAUUGCUACAAAAUGUCAAUCACCUGAAAACUCCACUCAAGUGAUCAAUAAGCUAGUCCGCUCUCUAAGGAAGGCUAGAAAAGUGAGAAAUGAUUCAAACUACAAUAACCGUUCUGGAGAUCGUGCCUGUUUUUCAAAAAAUAGCCACAUCCACACCUAUGAGCCAAAUGGUCUACCAAAGGGUUUAGUGGGACCCACUUCGACGGUUAAUGUGAAGAUUUGUGGACAGUCAUGUGAAGCUCUUUUGGACAGUGGUUCUCAGGUCACUCUUGUGUUUGACACAUGGUAUUCCCAAAACCUACCAGAUGUGCCCAUCCAUCCUCUUACUGGAUUGUCCAUUUGGGGACUUGGCUCGUCCAGUUAUCCCUAUAAAGGCUACAUUGUUGUAGAUGUUUCAUUUCCUGUGUCUCUCACUGGUGUAGAAGAGUCAGUAUCCAUCCUUGCUUUAGUCUGCCCAGACCCCAAAGGUCCUCCACAGUUUCCAGUAAUAAUCGGAACAAACGCCAGUUUCUUCCAGAGACUAACAGCUCUUAACAAGCCCACAAGUGAAACAAAUACUGCCCACACCCUACGAAUUCAGACCCAUCCAGCCUGCCAUACACUCCAGAGCUUUAAAACCUCUGAUCCUGAUCUGCCAGAAGGAAAAGUGAAAUGGGUCGGCCCAGGAACUUUUACUGUCCCGUCCCGGGGUGAGCUUUAUGCUACAUGCAAAGUGGAGUCCAGAAAGCCAUUAAAAGAUGAUAUCUUCAUAAUUGAAGCUCCAUCAGCUGAUCCACUUCCCGCUGGACUGUUCAUUCCCCCAGUGGUAUUACCAUCCUCUGCUGUAGAUGUGAAUAAUUUCAGAGUAUUAGUCCACAAUGAAACAAGCAAAGAUCUGUCCAUUCCUGCUGGCACUAUAAUUGCACAUGUAUUCCCUACUGACACAGUUACUGUGGCUCCUGGAGUCCAAAAUUCAAAGCCUAUUGAUCCAGAUUUGUUUAACUUUGGUGGAUCGACCAUACCUGCAGCAUGGGAAGAGAGAUUACGGCUGAAGUUGGCUGAGCGAAGUAAUGUGUUCUCACUCGAAGAAUGGGAUGUAGGUCUAGCAAAAGAUGUUAAUCAUCAGAUCAGAUUAAGUGAUUCCCGGCCUUUCAGAGAACGAUCUCGCCGUAUCGCACCAGCCGAUAUUGAUGAUGUACGACGCCAUCUUAAAGAUCUCCUAGCCGCUGGCAUUAUCAAAGAGUCAAGAAGCCCUUAUGCCUCUCCCAUAGUGAUAGCUCGAAAAAAGAGUGGAGCUAUAAGAAUGUGCAUUGAUUACAGGACCUUGAACAGCCGCACUAUCCCUGACCAAUACACCACACCCAGGAUCGAUGAUGCUUUAGACUGUUUGUCUGGCAGCAAGUGGUUCUCCGUCUUGGAUCUACGUAGCGGCUACUAUCAGAUAGCCAUGUCUGAAGAAGACAAAGAAAAGACUGCCUUCAUUUGCCCGCUGGGAUUCUACCAGUUUGAACGCAUGCCACAAGGCAUUACUGGGGCACCAGCCACAUUUCAGAGGCUUAUGGAGCGAGUGGUUGGUGAUAUGCAUCUCCUGCAAGUGAUUGUCUACCUUGAUGACCUCAUUAUAUUUGGCCGCACACUCGAGGAGCACGAGGAGCGACUGAUGAAAGUUCUUGACCGACUAGAGGAAUUUGGUCUAAAAGUAUCUAUAGACAAAUGCCAGUUUUGCCAGCCACAGGUGAAGUACGUGGGGCACAUUGUCUCAGCAGCAGGUGUAGCCCCGGACCCAGAGAAAGUAUCCGCUGUAACUCACUGGAAGACACCUACCGACUUGAAAUCCUUGCGGUCAUUCCUGGGCUUCUGUGGGUUCUAUCGUCGCUUCAUAAAGAGUUACUCCUCCAUUGUAAGACCUUUAACGGAGCUCACAAAAGGCUAUCCACCUGCAAAAGGACGAGGCAAGCUGGAAGGAAAGAAAUACUACAAUGAGAGAGAACUGUUUGGUGAGCGAUGGGAUAAAGAGUGCACAGAUGCCUUCAAGAAAAUCAUACAUUGUCUAACGCAUGCACCGGUACUUGCCUUUGCUGAUCCAACCCUGCCUUAUGUCCUCCAUGUUGAUGCUAGUCUGAGUGGUCUGGGUGCUGUCUUAAAUCAAGAACAUCCUGAAGGUCUUCGUCCCGUGGCUUUUGCGAGCAGAAAGCUGAGUUCCUCAGAAGAGCGUUACCCAAUCCACCAACUAGAGUUCCUGGCAUUGAAGUGGGCGGUCGUAGAUAAAUAUCAUGAUUACUUGUAUGGUGCCCAGUUUGUUGUCCGCCCUAUUGUCCGGACUGACAAUAAUCCUCUUACCUACGUGCUGUCGAGUGCAAAGCUGAAUGCAACUGGUCACCGCUGGCUAGCAGCUUUAGCAACUUAUAAUUUCAGUCUCCAGUACAAACCAGGUAAACAUAACAUUGAUGCUGAUGUGCUAUCCCGUUACCCUGCCAGUGACGAUGUUCCUACGUCUUGGACUGAGAUUCCACAAUCUGGCGUCAAAGCUAUCUGUCAGUUAGCCAGUCUUCCUUGGGAUGAUGAAUCCACCAGGCUUGUAGACCAGCUAGGUGUUCCACCAAACCUGAAGAAGGCACAAGAACAAGAUCCCAUCAUCAGUGUAGUUAAACAAGACAUUGAGCAGGGCGGAGCACCUACCUCUGUAAAAGGUUCAGACCCAAACCUUGCACUUCUACAGCGUCAGUGUCCAAAACUGGUCAUUAAGAACAAUCUACUGUACAGAGUCAGUAAACGCCAGUGUGGGAAAGAAAAACUACAGCUUGUGCUACCUGAAAAGUACCGCCUGGUAGUCAUACAGUCUUUACACGAUGAGUCAGGCCAUCUUGGAGUGGAGCGGACCACUGAGCUACUAAGAGAUCGCUUCUAUUGGCCGCGCAUGACCAUUGACAUAGAACAAUACAUCAAAAACUGUGGUUGCUGCAUUACCAGGAAGACCCUCCCUACUAAGUCUGCCCCGUUGAACCAUAUUACCAGCAAUGGUCCGCUAGACCUAGUGUGCAUUGACUUCUUGUCCCUAGAACCUGACUCCAAGGGCAUUUCCAAUGUGCUUGUGAUAACUGAUCACUUCACCCGCUAUGCUCAAGCCUUCCCAACCAGAGACCAGCGAGCAGUGACGGUGGCUAAAGUCCUUGUGGAGAAGUUCUUCGUUCACUAUGGUUUACCCUCCCGUAUUCAUUCAGAUCAGGGAAGGGACUUCGAAAGCCGACUGAUACAAGAGCUCCUAGGAAUGUUAGGAAUCCGCAAAUCACGGACAACACCUUACCAUCCGCAAGGUGACCCACAACCAGAACGCUUUAACAGAACCCUUCUCUCCAUGCUUGGAACACUGGAUCCAAAUAAAAAGAGUAAGUGGAGUCAACACAUCAGUUUGCUUGUACAUGCAUACAACUGUACGAAGAAUGAGGCGACUGGUUACUCCCCUUAUUACCUGCUCUUCGGACGAGAGGCUCGGUUGCCCAUCGACGUGUGUUUUGGUAUACCUGCAGAUGGUGAGAGAGAAAUUAAGCACCAGCAAUACGUUGAGAAAAUGAAGUCUGAACUCCAGACAGCAUAUCAGUUAGCAUCUGGUACUGCACUGAAAAGUCACCAACGAAACAAACGACUCUAUGACCAAAAAGUGAAACACCAAAUACUUACCGUAGGAGAUAGAGUGCUCAUCAAAAACCUUGCCUUCACAGGAAAGCACAAACUCCACGACAGAUGGAAUUCCUUACCCUAUGUUGUCACUAAAAAAUUCAAGGACUUACCUGUUUACAGACUACGGCCUGAGAGUGGAAUGGGAGGUGAAAGGACUAUUCACAGAGAUCAUCUGUUACCCAUCGGAGACAAUGUAAGAUUGUUUAGGUCGGAUGACUCGAACAAAAACAUGCAGCCACCUGUAACCAGAGCACAAACAGUUAAAAAGAGACAAAACAGACUGGAAAAGGAAAGUGUUUCUCUUACUGAAUGUGAGAAAGUGGAUACUUCAGAGAGUGAUGAUGAUGAUCUUUGGUACUACCGCCCAGAACCAGUCAGCAUACAAAGUAGGCAGCCAUCUUCUCAGCUUACAGUGGAAAAAGAAACUGUCCGUCAGGACAAUGAUCAGUUUCAAAACCAGGAGUACGUGAUGAGAGAUUGUCUGCCAGAAAAUGACCCAGAAAUACUUCCUGAUCAGUUUGUGCAAAUUGCAGAGGGUCAUGACUUAGAAGGGGGAGACAAUGGUCUUGUGAAUGUCUCACACCAUGAGGCAGAACCUUUAGUGUGCCGUAAAUCUCAAAGAGAAGUAAAGCCUUUGAUUAAACUGACCUAUGAUGAAUUAGGCCGACCCUCAGAUAAACCAUUAAUAGUUAUUCAUCGAGGAAUGGUCAUACACAUUGAAGAUGCCGUUAAGGUAAAGAAGAAAGUUUGCAACACUGUAUGGUGCCAUCCCCUGGCCCAGUGUCCCCAGUGUGUCCUUUCAAACCCUUGCCCUGCUGUCAGAACAGUAGUUCAGAUGUAG